AUGAUAGGGGAAUCUGAUAGUUUCACCAUUUCUUUUGCGCUACCUAUUAAAAUCUUUUUUGCUGAAAUGACAGACCUUUUUCUCAGAUUUGCUUUUAGAUCUAGGUUUAUUACAAGAUGA